AUACACGCAGGCCAUUGCAGUCGCAUCAAAUAUUCUACUUCAGAGAGGAAGAGUAUCGAUAGUCUGCUCUCACGAGUCAUUCUUAGUCUUCAAUACUUCGUCAUAUUUACCCAGCCCUCCCUCACCUACAUCAACAGCGCCGGACGCCCUCCCAAACCUGUCGCAUUUAGCCUUUCCUGACACGCCACCAUACCACCUCACCUCAGAACAACAUCUAAACUCAGAAACAUGACCUCAACCAAAGAAGGCCAGGAGUCCGCCAAGAACACGCCCCCCGCGGGUCAUCACCCCUCGACGGCAGCGGCCUCCACCCCCUCGCCGUUCGAGGUUCGCAAACAGAGCACUACGGCUCCGCGCCCCUACCGCCCUUCCGACAUCCUCAUCUUCCCGCCAUCCCCGCUGGCUGCGGACAUCACCAUCGUCAGGAUGGCGCGAGAGGCCGCGUUCCUCCCGAGUCCUAGACUCCGCCACAAUAUCCCGCAGCAACGGCAGUUAUCCAUACGACCGAAGCCCUCGCCCCUCGCCGCGGCGCAGAAGCGCCCCAGAAUCUUGCUCUCGACCAAGAACUUCAAGUGGGUCAAGACCUGCGACGCCCUCUGGGUCAAGGUGCCCGCGGCGUCGAAAAAGCAGAGGGUCGUCCUCAAGAUGAAGGGAAAGAAGGUUCGCACACCGAAGGUCUAGGUACAAAGAUGCAAUUGACUAGCGAGAUACGAAUCAUGACGGAGAAGCAUCAUAGGGGCGUUUGGAAGACUCAAAGCGUGUGAACUGGGCAUCAACUUUCUCCCUGUCGGUGAGCAUCGGCAUGGUACGGUUCAUUGAAGGUGUGGCGGUUUGGAAUUACUAGCAUAGACACAAGCGGAUGGAUACCCAAGUAUAGCGAUUUGGUUAAUAAAC